CUUGAAAUUAAUUUGAUAAAAUGGUGUCUUCUUCGUCCCAAUCAGGGCAGCCUGGCUGAGAGAAUGGGGCCAAGGGAAGUGGAGUUAAAGAGGGUUCAAUGUCUGCUUACCCAUUUCUCCUUUGUCGCCCAUACCACCGAGUUGACCUUCGUAACAGGGUCGGCCGGACAGGCCCGGACCCCCCUUCUCGCCCGAGUCGCCCUUUGCGCCCCAGUAGCCCUUUGGGCCUCGAGGACCCCGCGACCCAGGCCAGCCGAUCUCUCCCUUGGAACCACGGGGACCCCUCUGACCUUUUUUUCCGAUACAGGUUUUUGGGUCCUAAGCAGAGGAAGAAAGCCGAAUAAGGGAGGGUGGGGCAGAAGAAGAGGAAAGACAGAGGGUCGUAGGACCAGUUAG